AUGGACCAAUUAACCACCACCUGGUGUGCUGUAUUACAUGAUGAUAAUGGGAAGGUUAUUAUGGCAGCAACAAAGAGGAUUGAGGCUAGCUGGGAUGCUGUUAUGGCUGAAGUGGCAGCAGCUAGAUACGGUUUGCAGGUUGCUCGUAGAUGUGGAUUUGAUAAAGUGUGGCUUGAGGGGGAUGCUCUAAGUGUGGUCAAGGCUGUGCAGAUGGAUCAAGGGGGUGUGCUCCAAUUUCUAUGCUCAACCCCUAGCGACGUCCCUGGUAUAGCUGAGAAGGCAAGGGAAGAUGUAAUUCAACAGCGUGAUGAACUAGACACCCAAGAUAACAACAAUAAUGAGGUGAAUAAUAACAAUGAAGGGGAAAAUGUUAGUUCUUCUCCUACAACUCAAACAAAUGAAGUUACCCCUUCUAUUAAGAAGAGAAAAGGAGGAUGGUUAUGUGCAUUCAUCAUCUUAGCAAACCAGGCAUUAGCAACAUUAGCAUUCUUUGGAGUUGGUGUCAACUUAGUGUUAUUCUUGACAAGAGUACUAAGACAAGACAAUGCUUCUGCUGCCAACAACGUCAGUAUUUGGACUGGCACUGUUUACUUGUUCUCUCUUGUGGGAGCCUUUCUUAGCGAUUCUUAUUGGGGUCGUUUUUUGACCUGCACUGUUUUUCAACUCAUUCUUCUCAUGGGGUUGGUGCUACUUUCUAUAUCAUCGUGGAUUUUCCUGUUGAAGCCGAGAGGUUGCGGUGAUGGUAAAUUGGAGUGUCAUGAAACGUCUAUAGUAGGUGAAAUAAUCUUCUACAUAUCAAUCUAUAUGGUAGCAUUGGGAUAUGGAGGGCAUCAGCCAACCUGUGCCACAUUUGGGGCAGACCAAUUCGAUGACUCUGAUCCAAAAGGAGAGAGCUCAAAAGCAGCAUUUUUUUGCUACUUCUACUUUGCACUCAACUGCGGAUCCUUAUUUUCCAACACUGUAUUGGUGUAUUUUGAGGACAAUGGUUCUUGGACUUUUGGCUUUUGGGUAUCAACUGCUUCUGCUGUAUUGGGAGUUGUUCUUUUUGUGGCUGGAUCUCCAAGGUAUCGGUUCAUUAAGGCGCACGGUAACCCUUUGCCACGCGUCGCCCAGGUGUUUGUUGCCGCGUAUAGGAAGUGGAAUGUGCAAAGAGCUCGUCCAAAUGAGCUUUAUGAAGUGGAAGGUUCUGAGUCUGCUAUAAAAGGAAGUAGGAAGAUUGUUCAUAGUGAUCAUUUUCGGUUUUUGGAUAAGGCAGCCACAUUAACACAGCAAGACAAUUUGGGACCGAAGAAUCCAUGGCGCAUUUGCACAGUCACGCAAGUGGAGGAAGCCAAAUGUGUCCUAAAGCUCCUACCUCUCUGGCUGUGUACCAUCAUCUACUCAGUGAUCUUCACUCAAAUGGCUUCCCUCUUUGUUGAGCAAGGUGAUGUCAUGAACACGAAAAUCGGAAAGUUUCAUAUACCUGCAGCAAGCAUGUCAAUAUUCGACAUUGUUAGUGUUCUAAUAUGCACAGGCGUUUAUCGCCAUAUCCUUGUCCCCGUACUUGGAAGACUAUUAAAAAAUCCUAAAGGAUUAAGCGAGCUUCAGAGAAUGGGAGUUGGUCUACUCAUUGGUAUGCUAGCCAUGUUAGCAGCAGGGAUCACUGAAAUUGCACGGCUUAAAAGUGUUGUCCCAAAUGAAAGAAGUAGCACACUUAGUGUGUUAUGGCAAAUCCCACAAUAUGUCCUAGUGGGUGCAUCUGAGGUUUUUAUGUACGUAGGACAACUUGAAUUUUUCAAUGGACAAGCUCCCGACGGUAUAAAAUCUUUCGGCAGCUCGCUAUGCAUGGCAUCAAUGUCUUUUGGAAAUUAUGUUAGCAGUCUACUUGUACACAUGGUCAUGAUAUUCACCGCGAGGGGAGAUAAUCCCGGAUGGAUCCCUGAGAAUUUAAAUCACGGCCAUAUUGAGAAUUUCUAUUUCCUAAUUGCGGGACUUACAAUUAUCGAUUUUAUCAUAUAUUCGUUAUUUGCUCAAUGGUACAAACCCGUUAAUUUCUUGGAAACUAGUCAUAAGUCGGAGGUGGAGACCAAAUUUGAUGGAGAUGUAGUUGAAGAUGAAGUGAUCACCAGAAGAGCAUAA